UGCACACGACAGAUUUUUGCGAUAGGCUUUUAUUUCAUUUUCGAAUAAUUCUUAUUUCAAAUUAAACACGCUGUUGUGUAUAUAAAAAUAUAUUUGAUGUAAAAUUCAAUUAAAUGAAAAGAAUUUUUAUCGUUUUAGUUAUUUAAUAUAUAAUCUCUGAUAUAAGUACUUAAUUAAGUCGCGUCCAUUGGUAUAUGAUAGCACGCAAUAAAAAUUUGCAUUAAGCGAUAUUGUUAUCUUUAAGUCUUUUGAAAAAUAUGAUUAUAUUACGGCGAUGAAUCAUUUGGAAGAUUUGAUGAGAAUAUUAUGAUAUUUAUACAAAUAAUAAUCUUUUUCUAGAACACAAUUUGACUUAUAGUAUCUUUAGAUGUAUGUACUGUUUGAUACUAUGUUGCAACCUAAGUUGUAUAAAAUUCAUACUGUGUGAUUGUGAGUGGAUCAGGAAGUAAUUAUGAAUUUUAAUAAAUUACGACAAUGCUAUAAAUUUCUUUCUUUCAAAUCAUUACAUCAAAGUUCAUAUGUACCAUUACGAAACCAAAAACCAUUUAUUUAUGAUAAAUUGUUGAAAAUUGCUUCAUAUAGGAUAUUUUUUCAUGUAAAACCAACUUUACAGUUUUCAACCUCAAUACUUCAUAAUACAGAUGUUAAAACCAUGUCUGGAAGUGAUAAAAUUUGCCUUAAUGUUGAUUAUAAUGAGAUUCUAAAAGCUCAAAAUGAUAGUAGUGUUUUAAUCAUCGAUGUCAGGGAAAAGGAAGAAAUUGAUGAAACUGGAAAGCUACCUGGAAGUAUUCAUAUACCAAUGGGAGAUGUUGCAAAUACAUUGUCGAGCCUUUCUGAGAAAGAUUUUAAAGAGAGAUUUAAGAAAGAAAAACCUUCCAAAAAUACGAAGAUCAUAUUAAGUUGUAGAUCUGGGAAAAGAAGUGGCAUGGUUCAAGAAGAAAUUCGAAAGCUUGGAUAUGAAAAUGCAUACAAUUAUGUUGGAGGAUGGCUAGAUUGGGAAAGCAAUCAGAAAGUAUAAGCUAUUGUUAUAAUUAUUUUUACAUGAGUAGAUAUAUUUACUUAUAAAUAUUAGUAAACACUUAUAUAUAAUUUCUUAACUUACAAUGAUAAACUGUUAUUAAUUGUUUAAAAUGAAAAUUUUUUAUGCUAAUCCUCAUUGAUAAAUAAUAUCAUAUGAUAUAUAAUCAAUUAAGAUAAUAUAUUUACAUCUAUUUCCAUAUAUGUAUAUAUCUACAUGCGUAUAAAUAAUAUUUUACAAUGUGUUCAAUUCUUAUAUACACUUUCAUACAUAACUUCUUGUUAUGUUAAAUAAGAUGAAAAUUAUAUGCCAAAUAAUUACAUUACUUUUUCUUCUGUU